AUGAUGAAGUCAGCUAUUAUUUACCCGUAUGGGCCAUUUAGAGGAAAUGGGUGUUGUCGGAUAUUACAUGCCAAACAUUUAGCAUUUACCAGUGCCAUUUAUUCCUUGAAUAUUUCAAUAUUGGUGGUUCUUCUCUACGCCUGGAGAAUAAGCGAAAAUGCGAAAAAAUUUAGUGAUUUAGAGGAUGUUUAUUAUGGCGUCCAGAUAGCAUACAUGGCAAUAAUAGGAACCCAACUAUCGAUGAUAGUGCUCAGCAUUCUUUUGUUAUUCGGUAUUUAUAAGGAAAAUUCCGGCUUAGUGGUUCCAUGGAUAUUAGGAUUUAUUACAUUUAUGGCUUUAGAAGCGGUUGCAAUGGUUUAUUCAAAUGUGUUGCGAGACCACGUAAACAGGCAAUUCGAUGCCUUGUGUAAAGCAGAAGUGGCCUUUUUUAUAACGAGAGCGUGUUUAAACUCAUUGGCGAUGUGGGGCGUCAUGCGAUUCUACAAUUUGCUGCGGAUCGGCAUCACGUGGAAGGGACCCGAAGUUAUCGAGCUAUGACAAAGUUCGAGUGACACGGAGAAACUCUGCUUGUCGCAGGAGUACUUAACGACUGAUGGCUACUUUUAUCGAACGCGGAACGAAAAUUAUUUGUCGACGACAGACGUUACGAGCGACGACGACGAAGAUGAAGAAGAUCCGAGCCAAUUUGUAGCACGCGACAGCAAUAAUGGCGAUAACGACAGCACUGCGAGUGACGAAGACGACUCUUUGUUGGUUGUCUACGACAGUAAUUCCAUUAUUUCCGUUUGACGACAUGGAAACAAUAACACGCGGCGACACGCAUACAACGGCUGGACAAGUGGCAUGACGCUCGCUUGCUUUCUCAUCUGCAUGAUUGAGUUGUAUGCCGAAAUUUUGUUCAUGAAGGAAUACUUUUAAGAUGGCUGAUAAUCAAAAAAAAAUCUGUAAAUACGAAGAAUUUUGUUAGUUAUUUUAUGUGCCAAGGAAAAUUCUCUAUAAAGUUAUAUUGAAAUGUAGACGAUAACAAUAAAUGUGAGAAAAAUUUAAAAUAAUGUUAGAA